CUAACUAAUCGAUUAUUUUUCGGUUUCCUGUCUCUUAAAAUCAGCCCGUCUUCGUCUUCUUCGCCAUUUCCUUUUACAGAACCAGAACCGUGCGAAACCCUAGCCUCCUUCUUCAACUCCAUUUUCGUUUUUCCUCAACAAUUUCUUCACCAAUUUUUCACCAAAAGUCAUCAAAUUCAAAGAAGAAAGAUGCCAAGGUGCAAAAACGCUUCAUCGCGUCAAGAAUCGACGGCAGAAGAAGGUGAGAGGCCAUGGCGUCGUGAAGGGAGGAAGUACAUCCACAUCCAAACCGGACUUGCAUUCAACACGGGAGCAUCAGCGGAAAGGUUCCACAACACCUUUCUCACGAAGGAGAUCAUCCUACCGAAGAUUAUGGACAAGGACCUCUUCAAAUCGGCGACCUAUGCCCCGAGUAAGUCCCUUUUCUCUCAGCAAGGUUUGCUUCGUUUUAUUCAUUUGACGUAUGAAUUCUUUUGUCCAAAUCUUAUACGUCAAUUUUGCUCCAUUCUUCGUACCACUUUGGGAAAUUUGCCAUCUCUCAUCUCCUAUGUUGACGGCAAAACCGUUUUUGUUGACGGUGCCGCCUUGAUAUCUCUCUUUGGCCUUCGUAGAGGUGAAAUUACCGACAACUUGGAUGAAACAUUCCAAGAUGAGGGUAUUUGGAGACAACUCGGGUUAGAUCAUCGUGACCUCAAGUUUAGAAAUUCUAGCAACCCGAGUGUCAUUAACCUCACUUUUAUUCAACGCGUCCAACAAUACAUCUUCUUCUAUGUUUUGUUGCCCCGUGAUUCGAACCAUGGCGUUGUCAAUAAGGAUGACAUUCGUUUGUUUCACGUCCUGUUGAACAAUGUCAAAUUUGAUUGGGUUCAUUUCUUUCUUGUUGCACUCUAUGAGGGCUCUCGCUUUUCACAUCUUCGUUUUGCCAUCCCUAUCAUGCAUAUCCUUGCUCAUUCCAAAGUGGACCUUACUCGGGACACUCAGGUUCCGGUCAAGAAGACUUGUUACAUCAAGGACACCAAGUUUUCCCGGAUCGUGUACCGUGAGGAGGGUGAUGCUGCACUAAAUCUGGACCUGGUAGUCGCAGACGAAGAAGAGAGCCAAAACGAGACUCAAGCCGAGUCAUCUCAUGCCGGAGGAAGUCGAGCCACGGAGCGCGUCACUCGUCAACGUAGGACUCGUCCAAGAGAAGAAGCACCGAAACCAUCUUAG